AUGCCCGCCUUGCGGAGCACGACAUCUGCUGUGUUCUGCGGGAGCGUCUGUCAAGCAGUGGGAGGAGAAAGCGCUCAGAGCCACCAGCCCACUCUUAGGCGAAACUCUCCUGAAAAACAUCCCGCCCCUCCGCCCCCCAGUGUUUCGGACUCCCAUCCCCAUCCGGCGCAGUGGGCGGUCCGGGCCAGGCCCGGGUCCGGAGCCGCGGCGGCGGCACAGAGGCCGGGUGGGGCGGGCGAGGGCCCGCAGGCAGCAGUUCCCCGUCCUGCCUCGCGGGGGCGCCGGCGUGGCCGAUCAGGUGACCCAGCGCUAGUCCGGGGCUGCGGGAAGCGGCCUCGUUCUCAGCAGCCGGAGACGCAGCCGCCGCCGCCACACCUAGCGGACGAGCCGGGGAAGGCGGCUAGCUGGGGGCUGGGGUGGAGAGCGCCGGGGGAGGCGGCGGAAGGGCGGCGGGCGGAAGGCGGAGGUCGCGGGCGGGAGGGGAGGAGGCCCGAGAGAGGUUGCUACGGAGGCCGCGGGCCGGUGACUGGGUGCGAGGUGGCCGGCGGCGGCGGCAGCACCACCACAACCACCACCAUGUCGCGCUCCGUGCUGCAGCCCAGUCAGCAGAAGCUGGCGGAGAAGCUCACCAUCCUGAACGACCGGGGCGUCGGCAUGCUCACCCGCCUCUACAACAUCAAGAAGGCAUGUGGAGACCCCAAGGCAAAACCAUCCUACCUUAUUGACAAAAACCUGGAAUCUGCUGUGAAAUUCAUAGUCAGGAAAUUCCCUGCUGUAGAAACCCGCAACAACAAUAUUAUGUGCAUUUAUUAG